UCAGACUGGUUUCCGUGAUAAGAAAAAGAAACUUACACAUUCACUGACACUGUGAGGAGAAAUGGCACAGAAAGGAGUUCAGCUGGACCGAGAAACCUUCUCUUGUUGCAUCUGUUUGGAUCUACUGAAGGAUCCAGUGACUAUUCCCUGUGGACACAGCUACGGCAGGAACUGUAUUAAAUAUUUCUGGGAUGAAGAGGACAGGAAGGGAAUCCACAGCUGCCCUCAGUGCAGGAAGACUUUCAUACCGAGGCCUGUCCUGGAGAAAAACAUCAUGUUAGCAGAGUUGGUGGAGGAGCUGAAGAAGACUGGACUCCAAGCUGCUCCAGCUGAUCAUUGCUAUGCUGGACCUGAAGAUUUGGCGUGUGAUGUCUGCACUGGGAGGAAGCUGAAAGCCAUCAAGUCCUGUUUAGUCUGUCUGGCCUCUUACUGUGAGAAACACCUCCAACCUCACUAUGAUGCAGCUCCAUUAAAGAAACACAAGCUGGUGCCCCUCUCCAAGAAGCUCCAGGAGAACAUCUGCUCUCGUCAUGAUGAGGUGAUGAAGAUUUUCUGUCGUACUGAUCAGCAGAGUAUCUGUUAUCUCUGCACAAUUGAUGAACAUAAAGGCCAUGAAACAGUCCCAGCUGCAGCAGAAAGGACUGAGAAGCAGAAGGAGCUCGAGGUGAGACGACUAAACAUCCAGCAGAGAAUCCAGGAGCGAGAGAAAGAUGUGAAGCUGCUUCAACAGGAGGUGGAGGCCAUCAGUGGCUCUGCUGAUAAAGCAGUGGAGGACAGUGAGAAGAUGUUCACUGAGCUGAUCCGUCUCAUCCAGAAAAGAAGCUCUGAUGUGAAGCAGCAGGUCAGAUCCCAGCAGGAAACUGAAGUGAGUCGAGUCAAAGAGCUUCAGGAGAAGCUGGAGCAGGAGAUCGCUGAGCUGAAGAGGAAAGACGGCGAGCUGGAGCAGCUCUCACACACAGAGGAUCACAACCAGUUUCUACACAACUACCCCUCACUGUCAGCACUCAGUGAGUCUACACACUCAUCCAGCAUCAAUAUUCGUCCUCUGAGCUACUUUGAGGAUGUGACAGCAGCUGUGUCAGAGACCAGAGAUAAACUACAGGACAUUCUGAGAGAGGAAUGGACAAACAUCUCACUGACAGUCACUGAAGUGGAUGUUUUACUGUCACCACCAGAGCCAAAGACCAGAGCUGGAUUCUUAAAAUAUUCACAUGAAAUCACACUGGAUCCAAACACAGCAAACACACAUCUGUUAUUAUCUGAGGGGAACAGAAAAGUAACAAGAAUGAAACAACAACAGUCUUAUUCUAAUCAUCCAGACAGAUUCGCUGAUUGGUGUUUUCAGGUCCUGAGUAGAGAGAGUCUGACUAAACGUUGUUACUGGGAGGUGGAGUGGAGAGGGGGAGAGGUUUGUGUAGCAGUCACAUGCAAGAAUAUUAGCAGAGUUGGGAGCCUCAAUGAAUGUGUAUUUGGAUUCAAUGACAAAUCUUGGGCAUUAUAUUGUUACACUAACAGUUAUCAGUUCUUGUACAACAGUGCACAAACUGUCCUCUCAGGUCCUCCGUCCUCCAGAGUAGGAGUGUACCUGGAUCACAGAGCAGGUAUUCUGUCUUUCUACAGCGUCUCUGAAACCAUGACUCUCCUCCACAGAGUCCAGACCACAUUCACUCAGCCGCUCUAUGCUGGACUAUAUCUUUAUGGAGAUGGAGUCACUUCAGAAUUGGUUAAAGUGAAAUAGACAGAGAAGAUACGUUCAUGUUGAUCCCUGACCAUUAUAUGUACAUGUGUAAUUUCUAAAUGAGGCUUUACAUUUUAGAAGCUGAGAAGUUCAGUGGUCCAUUUGGUCUGGAUUUUUUGAGGACAUAUAUAACAUAUAAUCAUAUAUUAUUGUACAGAGUAUAUAUCCACACUGGAAUGUUUUUCAUAGAGGAUUUACCCUGCUAAGCAUUUAACUCUUAUAAUCAAAGUGUAUAAGACUCAUAUACUUAAGUGAAAUAUUAUCCAUAUUUAUAUCAUAAGGCUGUGCCAUCUGUUGAAUGAGUACCUGUUGAUUCAUACAGUUUGCUCUGUAAUUUAUUAAGUACAACUAAUAUGUAACUUUUGACAGAUUUACAGACCAUGGUGACAGGUCAUGACAUACAGAUAGUCGAACCUGGCCCAUUGGAAGAUGCACCUGGUAUGACAGUCCAAACUGGGCCCACAAUCAUUAAGUUUAAACGUUUGAGAUCACUUUGGCCCUAACCCCGUCAAAAGGACUCAUAAAAAUGAUGGACAAUAAGGAGGGGAAAGAAAGCCAGGACAAGUUAUGUAACACAAGUAUUGAAUAUCAGAAACAUAACAAAGUGGGUAAAAAUUGAUACAUCGGAGUUAACCAGUGAUUUAAUCCAUAAUUGUUGUAAUAUCAACAUUUGCAAAGUUGGCAAAAUACUUGUACUAGUUUAAACUUAAAACUAAAUAAGUGAAAAGACAUGGAAUGGAAAAGUUACUCAGCAGCUGUUUGUUGUCUCCUAUUAAAGGAGGGUCAGAUAUGACCCCACUAGCUUUUUCUUUUUGUUACUUUGUGUGUCUCUACUGAUUGUGCUUAAAGUCUCUGCACCCUGGCCUUUGCAUUGUUUGCUUUGCCGUGUGUUGUCUUGUUGUUUUGCAUAUUGUGACGUACUGUGUUGCUGUUCAUAUGACUCUAUUUAAAGAACCCUGUUUAAAGAA